CCUUAUACAACAGUCAGUCGCAGUCUUACAUUCGUUGGAUUAUAACUUCACCAUGAAGUUCCAAAGACAAUCGUUAGUUCUAGUGGUUCCCUUCAUCAUUCUAAUUAUUUGGCUGACAUCGGCGGCUGAUACCGAUCGGCCUUGUUUAAGGAAAUAUUUGGACAACGGAUCGGCAGACACACUAGUAUGUGUGUGCACCUCGGAUUACUGCGACUCCGUGACCAGAGCGGUGCCGAGCAGCGGGGAGUAUGUGCUCUACAUGUCCUCGGAGGCAGGAUCUAGGUUCGAGAAAAGUUUUGGCAAACUUCAAAGCUUGACAAAAGAUGGCAUUUAUAACAUCAAUUUGGACCUAGAUCCGGGCAAAACUUAUCAAACCAUAGAAGGGUUUGGAGGGGCCGUGUCUGACGCAGCGGCGAUUACCUGGGACAGCUUGAAGAAUCCCGUAUUAAAAAAUCACUUAAUACAGUCAUAUUGCGGUGAGACGGGCAUCCAGUACAACAUGCUGCGCGUGCCCAUCGGCGGCUCGGACUUCUCGACGCGCGCGUACGCAUACAACGAGCUGCCCGAGAAUGACGCGGCGCUCACUAACUUUACACUGGCAUAUGAAGAUUAUCAAUAUAAGAUCCCCAUGAUUAGAGCGUGUAUGCAGGCGGCUGGCGCUCCGGUGCACGUGUUGGGGGCGACCUGGUCACCACCCAUCUGGAUGAAGACUAACAACGACUACUAUGGAUACAGCCUCCUCAAGAAAGAGUAUCUACAAACUUAUGCUGAUUAUCAUUACAAGUUCCUUGAGCAUUACGCGCAGGCAGGAGUGCCGGUGUGGGGUGUCUCUAUCGUGAACGAGCCUCUCCACGGCAGUGUCAACUACUUACCGCUGAGCUUCAAUAAUUUGGGUUGGACAUUAGACUUUAUGAACGAAUAUAUUGUCAAACACUUGGGGCCGACUCUUCGUAACGAAGCUUCUAAGUUCAAACAUGUAAAGAUCAUUUCUGGGGAUGACUUGCGGUUCACCAUCACACUGUAUUGGAAUAUGCUGGUCCUACUAUUCCCCGGGGCCCUGGAAUACUUAGAUGGCGUAGCGGUACAUUAUUACAUGAAUAAGUAUGUGCCGGCGACGAUUCUGUCUCAAGCUAUGGAGGGUUACCCCGGGAAGUUCGUGAUAGCUACAGAGAUUUGUGCAGGUGGCGUACCCGACGAUGCUCUCUUAACUCCGUGGGGUAAAGCUGAAUUGUAUGUGAACGACAUUAUUGAGAAUCUCAGCAACAAUGUCAUCGGGUACACUGACUGGAACAUGUGUUUGAACAUGGAGGGUGGUCCUAACUGGCGCGGAGGACGAGUAGAUGCUCCUAUCAAAAUUAACGCUGAAGCCGGGGAGUUCUACAAGCAGCCCAUGUUCUACGCAAUAGGGCACUUCUCUAAAUUCAUACCAAGAGGUUCGCGGAGAAUUAGGGCUACUGUGCAAGCGGAGACUGCUGUACAGAACCUUGCGUUCCUUACACCUGAUAAUACUAUAGUUGUGGUGUUGUUUAACAAGGGUCCCGCCGAAAAAGUAAGGAUCAUAUUGGGGAAGAAAGAAGCAGUAUUAUCUAUCGAGGCUAAAUCAAUUGCUACUAUCGAAAUGUUGAAUGAAUAAAUAUAUUUUAUAGUUUUUGUAAAUAUGCCAAAUAAAUUUAUAAUAUUUUUUCUA